AUGUCUAGGAUCGGCUCGACACCCUCUCUUCAAAUUCACCGGCUCUUGCCAUUUAUAGUUCGAAUUGAUCCGCCGUUGCCUUCACCAACAUUGGCUAAUUCGUACCCAGCCGCCCGCUUCUCUAGCCAACCAGUAGCUUAUUUGGCAUCGACUGCGGGACAAGUCGAUAAGGCCCGGAUCCCCAUCGGUCCCGAAUCGGCUGAGCUACUGCCACCUUUGAAGCGUUAUCGGGACUCCUUUUCGAUCCUGCGCGCUCUAGCUGGUUGUGUCCGUCCGGUCCCAGGUACAAUCGAUUUCGAUGCUAUCGAUGACCCCUAUCUUCUGCCCGGCUUUAUGCACCGGAUUUGCAUGCGCUCCAAGGCGGCUGGAAAUGUGGCUGCACGCGCCUUGAUCCGCGAGGGUUUGGCGUCGAACUUUGCAAGGCUUUGUACGGAGGUUUGCCUACAUUUUCUCGGAUUUAUAUUUGUUUUUUCGAUAAUUUUCGCCCAAGCAAAAGAAGCGAGCUAA